AUGCGCGUCGCUGUCGUAGGCUGUUCUCAUGGCUCUCUGGACGACAUCUACGCCUCGGUCGAGCGCUGCAACACUGAAUCACAAGUCAAAGGCGAAUCAGGGAUAGAGCUUCUGCUGUGCUGUGGGGACUUCCAGGUCAGUGUCGGUUAAUUGCCAUCCGAUGCAUGUGAAUGCCGUUGCGAUGUUUCUCGUGUUCGCUGGAGCUGGAGCUGGUCACCUCGCGGUGGAGCCCAGCGGUCACGGCCGAGGGAGACGCAAGGCGACUUCCCACGAAUUGUUGUGCACAAAUGCAGAGACUGUUUCGACUGAACAUCAUCUUUCCGAUAGGCGAUGCGCUGCCCAUCAGACUUGCAGGCGAUGGCAUGUCCUCCUAAAUACCGGUCGCUUGGGGACUUCUCACACUACUACUCGGAGCAAAAGCGAGCGCGAUGUUUGACGAUCGUCAUCGGGGGUAAUCACGAGAGCUCUGGCUACAUGUGGGAAUGGUGAGUUGUGUGCAAGGUCAGACCUUGGCUGGCUCAGCAUCAAGCAGGCGGGCUGAUCGGGAUCUGAUCUGAGCCUGCAAAAGUUUCCAUGGAGGCUGGCUCGCACCGGACAUCUACUUCCUCGGAUUUGCAGGUUGUAUCUUGGUCGAUGGCUGGCUCAGGAUAGCUGGCGCGAGUGGGAUCUGGAAGGCUCCCGACUUCAAGAAGGGUCAGUCGCAGAGUGCUUGCCAGAAGCCGGCCUCGUGGCGGAUGGUCGCCCACUGAACCAACAUCGCCCUCGCUCAUCGCCGUUGUAGGGCACUUUGAGACCGUUCCGUUCGAUGACAGCACGAUUAGAUCGGUGUACCAUAUUCGGGAGUACGAAGUCGCCCGAUUGACGCAAGUACGUCGACCGCCAGCUCCCCUUUGGAUUCGUUCCAGGAUGAUGGGGUGCUCAUCCGGCCGCUGCCGUGCUAAUAACCAUCGAUGUGAUGUGGAACAGCUCGAAACUCAAGGUCCGCAGGUAGACAUCUUUCUUUCUCAUGACUGGCCUUUGGGCAUCGAAAGAUUCGGCAAUACGGCCGCUCUCAUCCGACAGAAACCGUUCUUCAAAGACGAGGUCAGUUUUACCGCUUCCACGGCGAGCUUUCCAGCACUAGCACAUUCGGCUCCAAUCAUCCUCCGCAAAACCACACGUGCAGAUUGCAUCCAACUCGCUUGGCUCUCCACCCUUGAAGCAUCUUCUGAGCCGGCUUCGCCCGUCAUAUUGGUUCUCUGCCCACUUGCACGUCAAGUUUGCCGCGUGGGUCGACCACCUGGCAGCGUUGUCUCCGCAGUCUCCGACUUUGACCUCGAACUCGACCCCUCAAACUCUGCCCCCGGCUAAUCAAUCUAAUCCAGACGAGAUCACGAUGGAUGAUGACGACGACGAUGAUGAUGACGAUGAGGCAGGUCAUUCUAGUGACGCACAGGGUGGCAGAGUUAGUGGCGUUGAGGGUGAGCUUGUCUCCUCGGCGGUGCUUUCCCCCGAACAACUCCAUGGGGAAAGCCGAUUAGUCGGCAAUCCAGAUCAAAUGGUCAUGGAAGACGAUGAAGGUGCAAAACCGGCCGGCCACCACGAUCCAAUUGACGGUGAAGACGUAAAUCAGCCGCUUGAUUGUUCAUGGGAGAUUGAAGACGGCAGCAGUGCCGUACAUUCAGGCAAGGAUGUCAAGACCGUGUCGUCUGAAGAGGCCUCGGAGACCGCAAAGCCGGCAGAGCCGGCAGGCGCUUCAGCUCGUACGACACGGUUCCUCGCUUUGAGCAAGCCAGGAGCUCGCACGGGAUUCUUGCAAGUAAGCCCUCCCAGCCUCUGCAGAGCCCACUCUGGCUCGCUCCAAGAACUGAUCUGCUCUUUCUGCCAAUUCCUUAUGUUAGGUCGUUGAUAUCGCAGAGCCUCAUACAUCACACAUGGCAUCGAAAGAUCGGAAAGAGUCUACGCAUAUGUCCUGCGCCACUUCUGCGACGGAAAACGGAUCGAAAGCCGACCGCAAGCAGCCACAGCUGCAGUUUGACCCACAUUGGUUGUCGAUUGUGAAGGCGUUCGCGCCCUUCCUUUCUUUACAUCGACGACGGACCCCUCUUCCCCCGCCCGCACGACUCGAUGAGCUAGUAGCUCAGGCUCACGCCUGGAUCACUGAGAAUGUGCCGAAUCAGGGUCGUAUCGAGAUCGCACAAGUGCAGCAGUUCUCCAGGACCGCUCCCGGAUUUGGGGAGCCAGGGUGGGACAAUCCAAUCCGUGCGUCGGCUCCGUGUUCUCGCGACCAUAUAUGCGCAAACUGAUUCCUUGAUUGCAUCGAGAUUCUGCAGCAACUUGGUACACGAAUCCGCAGACAGAAGCAAUAUGUGCACUUUUGGGCAUUGAAAAUCGUAUCAACCCUCCACCGCCAGCACCGCCCAGUGUACCUCUACGCACGCCGCCGAGCCAUCCGUCAACAUCAGUACAGUCCCAGCGGCACGGAGCGGAAGGGGCGUAG